AUGCAGGCCAACACAGGAAGUGUCUCGGAGCGCGCACCUCCAAUUUGGGGUGCAAUGAAGGAGUUGCAAGAUGGAUUCAAUGGCCAUCAGUGCUCGCUGCCCUAUCUGCUGGGCGUUGUGCAGAACCUUCAACGGACCCUGGAGGAAACACGACACCUUUACAACAAUGCGAUUAAGCAACGGGAUGAGGUUCGUGAAAAGCUUGUUGUGGCGCAGAAUAGUCUGGCAGCGGUGGAGCGCGUUGUCAAUCAGUAUGCCUCAGUAAAGGAUCCUGUGGUGGCAUCGGACGGUUUUACCUACGAGAAUGUUUCAAUACGAGAUUACUUGCGGGAGUGUGCUAGCACAAACACCAAAGCGUAUUCGCAGCUUACGAAGGAGGAGCUGCUAGACGUGGUGGUCCCCAACCAAACCUUGCGUCGUCUUGUCCACAUGCUGCAGUCCGUUCGGGCCAGCGAGGUACCUCCCAUAUCGCAGCGUCGUCCCAUUCCUCCCUACACGCCUCAGCAAAGUGAUGCGAACUGGAAGGGUAAUAACGCGAACAGUAACGGUGCCAACAGUGGCAAUGGCCUUAAUUGGGCGGAUGAAGAGGUUAAUCAGGGGGCCACGCCCAUUCGCGUGGCAGAGUUGGAGGCCUCACUUGCGAAGGCUGCCAACGCUGGCAGUCUCAACGCUUCCCAAAGUAGCAAUGCUGUUCCAUCUUCUACUGUUACCAACACCAAUGCCAACACCAGCAACCCAGUGAGCCGACGUUGGGAGACACGGCAAGCGCAAAAUGCCGGAAACAGCGCCAAACUCUCCAAUAAAAAACACCCCUGCCUUCGGGUAUACGGCCAUUGCAACUUCCUUGACGAUUGCGCCUUUGCAAACUACCCAUACGAAGCAUGCCUAAACAACAUCAAGGGCAAGUGUCGUUUUGGGCAGCACUGCAAGGAGCUGCAUGUGAAUCCUACCCAUUCUCGCUAUCCAGGACAACGCAAAAGCAGUAGCAGCAAUCAACAACUUGUCCGUCCCAACACACCUGUCCACGCGGAGAAAGAAACCGGUGGGAAGGACAAGCGGUGUACGAAGGAGAAGGAGAGCAGCAAGAAUAGCAGCGCGAGGGGGGACACAAACAGCAAGGAAAGCGCUGAGGAGCAGCAUUUGAAGCCAGUGCCGACCCCAACGCCGGGCUCGGCCGCCGAGCCACGAGCUGAGCCAUCCUCCCUUGUGGCUGAAGAGACGGUGUAA